UGUUAGGCGUGAGCUAGUCGCGAAAAUAAAAUUGCGUAGCUUGUCUGAAAACAUCAAACAGACGCUGUUUAGGCGCAUUAGAUCCAUUAACGCUGUCUGGCCAUUGCAAGCGUUAAACUGCGACAUUUGCUUACAACAUGCCCAACGUUUGGGUGUGCGCUUUUGCUGUAUGCGCGGACUUUAUUGUCCUGUGUGUGCUGGACUAUGUAGCCAGACAUUUGAGAUAUGAAUCAGGAGAUUUGUGCGAUACUUAUACCUUGGUUAGACAGUGGACUGAUGGUCUGUUACGAUGGGCAUUUUUGCUGUCAUUAUUACAUCUUUACAAAAAUGCAAGAGAAUCGAUCUUUAAGCAAUGGAUUAUGGCCCAUUGUUUUAUCAGUCCUAUAUACGAAACUUGUCGCUUAGCUCUGUUCGGAAACUAUCCAGUAGGAAAGUUUGAAAUGUGGCUGCUCGGCAGCAUUGCUGCUGCGUUGGGAUGCGUAUUUUGGGAGAUGCUAUUGCCUGAUUCUAACGGGGAAAAUAACACUAAAGAGAAGAAACAAAAGGCUCGAGUGCUCUUCAUGAGGGUUAUUUAUUUUUACAAACCCGACUAUUUAAUUUUGUUUGGAGCUUCUGUGUUUUUGGCACUAGCUGUCCUUUGUGAGAUGUUCAUUCCACUGUACACAGGAAAGCUGAUCGAUAUCCUACGUGCUGAGUACCAAUGGAACGAUUUUCAGUCAGCAAUAGUAUUGAUCACAGUUUUCUCAUUUGGAAGCUCGUUCAGUGCUGGCUGCCGAGGAGGGCUCUUCACGUGUGCUAUUGGCAGAUUCAUUUGUAGAGUGAGGCUUCAACUCUUCGGCUCCCUGGUUGGCCAGGAAAUUGGCUUCUUCGAGACUACAAAGACAGGUGACCUCACUUGCAGACUGUCUACGGACAUUAAUCUAAUGGCCAGAGCUGUAGCCUUAAAUAUGAAUGUUCUUCUGCGAACUCUGAUUAAGACCAUGGGUAUGCUGUACCUAAUGUUUAAUCUUUCUUGGAAGCUUACUCUUUUGAUGCUGAUGGAGACACCUUUGACUGGCUUAUUACAGAACAUCUAUGACACACAUUACCAGGAACUAUCAAAGAAAGUACAGGACUCAAUGGCAAUAGCAAACGAUGCUGCAAGAGAAACUGUUUCAGGUAUUAGGACAGUUAAGAGCUUAAAUGCACAGAAGAGUGAGACCUGUCGUUAUGAUGAGCGACUGAUGGACACCCAUAAUAUAAAGACCCAGAGGGACACAGUCAGAGCAGUGUACCUUCUUGUAAGAAGGCUUACAGAGUUGGGAGUACAGGUGGUUAUGCUAUAUUAUGGCAGGUUGUUUAUCCAGUAUGGGCAGAUGACCACCGGAAAUCUGGUUUCAUUUAUUCUGUACCAGGGAGAUCUUGGACAAAACAUUAGGACUUUGAUUUAUACAGUUGGGGACAUGCUGAACUCUGUCGGUGCUGCAGGGAAAGUAUUUGAGUAUCUGGACCGCAAGGCCAAAGUAAGCAUGGAUGGAAGUCUGCAGCCAGAGGAAUUAAAGGGACAAAUCUGCUUUCAGAACAUCACCUUUUCCUAUCCAACACGACCUGACCACAAUGUCCUGGAGGACUUUAGUCUGGUGUUGAAACCAGAUCAAAUGACUGCCCUGGUUGGGAUGUCUGGUGGUGGAAAAAGCACUUGUGUGAGUUUACUUCAGAGGUACUAUGAGCCUCAGCAUGGACAAAUCCUCCUAGAUGGACAGCCACUGCAAAACUACCAGCACAAGUACCUGCACAGCAAGCUUGUUGUAGUGGGACAAGAGCCUGUUCUCUUUUCUGGUACCAUACGUGAUAACAUUGCAUAUGGCUUACCAGACUGCUCACUUGAGAGAAUUGAGGAGGCAGCCCGCAAAGUCAAUGCACAUGAAUUUAUCUGCCAGUUGCAGAAGGGUUAUGAUACAGAUGUAGGUGAACGAGGAAGCCUUCUUGGUAGUAGUCAGAAGCAGCGCAUUGCAAUUGCCAGAGCUCUGAUCAGACAGCCACGAGUUAUCUUACUGGAUGAGAUCACAAGCUUUUUGGACAGCCAAAGUGAACAAAUGGUCCAGCAAUCGUUGUCCAACUGCCCCAAACAGACCUUACUAGUGAUUGCACAUAGACUAAAGACCAUUGAGAGAGCAAACCAGAUCGUUGUGAUUGAUCGUGGAGUAAUUUUGGAGCAAGGAACUCACCAGGAACUCAUGGAGAAAAAGGGACAUUACUACAAACUAAAGGAGCGUCUUUUUACAGAGGAUAACAGCAUAAGUUAAUGCAAUAAAGUUUCAGUUAACAGGUGACAUCUCACCAGUCUGUAAUACAACUAUAUCAAUACAUUGCAUUCGAUGCAUUUGUCAUUCCAAAUAGAGUUUUGUGGCUUUUUAGUAACAUUGUAGUGUCAUUUGGUUUUUAUACAAUUAAGCCUGAGUACUAGUAUUACUGUAUUUCUGUGCACUUGUAAUUCAUUGCUGUUAUUCUCUUGACCUGCAGCUGUAAAAAUCUGUAUCAACCUGUAUAUGUAUGUAUCAAAAUUUGCAAAUGAUUUGAGGGAAACCAAAUGAGUUAUUAAGGAAUAAAAAAUUAAUUGAAUAUA